AUGCCGAGACCUGGGAAGGAUUCGUAUGAUGAACAGGUUGGUUUUGAGAGGGAUAUAGAUGAAUUUUUAAAGUGUGAAAAUUUAAUUUGCAUUUUCAGAUAACGUUUUGGAGCUAGAAAAUUAGCUGAAAAUAAUUUUCAGAACUGACAGUAUUCUGAGAUCAUUUUUCAGAUCCUGAAAAUUUUCAGAUGAAAUUUUGAUAAAUAAAAAGUUUCUGUAUUUUUUCACUGUUUCGAAAAUUUCUUUAAAAAAAUUACAUAUUCUAUUAACUUGAUUCUGGUUUUUGAGAAAUUUUUGAAAAAUUCAAAAAAUUUUGAAAAUUAGUACAAUCAAAAACAUUGUGAAGCAGCUUAUAAUAUCAGAAUUUCACUGUUUCAAAAAAUUUAUGAAAAUUGGAAAAAAAUACGAUAAAUAUUUUUCAAAAUCAUUUCAGAAUUAAUGAAAUUCCGUAUUUUCCCAAUGAAAAAUUUUCACUGUUUCAAAAUUUUCUCAAAUUUUUUGAAAAUUUGAGAAUUACAGUUCAAUAUAGGUUAUUUCGAAAAUAAUUUUUCCAUUAAAAUUCACCGUUUCAAAAAAUACAUGAAAAAUCUAUCAAAUAUUUAAAUACGAUUCCAAACAUCUGUUUUUGAAAAAUUCAAUAAAAUUCCAGUAUUUCUCCGAAAAAUCCACUGGUUCAGAAAGAAAUUUUCUUAAUUUUGUUGACUUUCUAAAAAUCAGUAGAGAAACAUUAUCAGAAAAAAAAUCAACUGUUUCAAAACUUUAUCAAGUUUUCUUGUUAAGAGUUAAAAAUCCUCUAAAAAAUAAUUACAUAAAUAACCCCUAAAGUUUUCCAGAAACCGCCAUACUCCUACAUUUGGCUAACUUAUAUGGCAAUUCAAGAUUCGGAUGAGAAAAUGCUUCCGCUCACUGAAAUCUACAAAUAUAUUAUGGACAGGUUUCCGUUUUAUCGAAAAAAUACCCAAAGGUAUGGGGGGGUUUUGGCUGAAAAUUUAAAAUGAAAAUCCAAAUUUUCAGAUGGCAAAAUUCGUUACGUCACAAUUUGUCGUUCAACGAUUGUUUUAUUAAAAUUCCGAGACGAGCUGAUCGACCCGGAAAAGUUGGUUUUUUUUGGGGGGGGGGGGGGGAAAUUCACUGUUUCAAAAUUUGCAUGAGUUUCAAAUCCCAAAUAUUUUUUUUGAUAAAGUAACUGUGAAAUGGUCUGCGUCUCUAACAAAAAAAUUUAGUUGUCUAACACUCUCUCAGUUUCAAACACUCUCUAGCCGCCUGGCACUCUCUAAUUAUAUUUCUCUAAUUUUCUAGUACCCUCUGACUUUACACACUAUUUCUUCACUCGAUUUGUCGGCUUCUCUAACUGUCUAGCAAUCUCUAAUUUUUCCACACUAUAUAUUUUCUCUACAAGUCUACCUAAAGAAAUAAAACUGAAAUUUUUCUGGAUUCUGAAAAUUUAUGAGGAAAUUUUGAAACAGUGGAUUUUUUUUUUGAAAUUCGAAAUAGAUUUGUCAACGAAUUCUUGAAUUUUUUACAAAAAUAAUAUCGAUUUUUUGAAACAGUGAAUUUUUAAAGAAAAAUUUUUGUCAAAACUUGAGAUUUUCAGGAAGAAAAACGUAUCUCAAAAAAUAUUUCACUGUUUCAAAAAAUCAAUAAACACAAAAAUAUUUUGAAAAAUUGUUGUUCCAACUGUUUUUGAGAAAAAAUCCACUGUUUCUAUAAAAAUCAAUAAAUUUUCAAAACUCAUGAUGUUUUCAGUACUGUUAGGUUUCCAUCUAAAAUUUUCAGUGGGUAAAACUUUUGAAGUUUCGAAAUUUUCCUGGAAAUUUAUUCAAAAUAAAUAUUUUUUAUACCUAAAAAUUCCUGGACUUGUGAAAAUUAUCCCAAAUUCCUUUCCAAAAAUAAGGUUCCAGGGUUCCUACUGGGCAGUUCAUCCAAAUGCCUUGGGAAUGUUCGAAAAUGGAAGUUGUCUACGUCGUCGAAAACGAUUCAAGGUGAUUUUUUUUUCAAAAAAAGGGAAAAAUAUUACAGUACCCCUUCUUCCCGGUUCGAAAAAAAAUGAUUUCUUAUCAAAAUAUUUUCUUAUCACUUCAUUUGACUUUGUCUAUAUUUAGGUUACUGUAGAUGUUGAUUUUCUUCUUUUUUAAGAUAAAUCAAAGAAAGGGCGGUUUUUGGGAGGAGUACUGUAGGGUAGGUAGAUUUGUUGGUCAGUAAAAUAAAAAAAGAAGAAAAGAAAACAAUAAAACUUGAUUGGCCUUGUAUGUUUGAGAGAGGCAAAGGUGAUAGAUUGAUUUAUUUGAAGAAAAAAAUGAAAUGAAAUGAGGUUUGCUUUGAUUUUGAUUAAUUUAGUUUUGAUUUACAGAGGGAAGAGGUACUGUAAGGUCUUGAAGGGAUUUUUAAAGGGUUUUGUAGUUUUUGAAUUUUUUUUUUAAAUUUUGGGGUUAUUAUUAGAAAUGAGAAAAAUUUACUGUUUCAAAAAAGUUCACAAUUUUUUUGAAAUAGCAUGGGUCUUGUUUGAGAGGUACUGUACUUUUAAAUUUUGGCUCGAAAAAUGAGUAGUUCAAAAAAUUUUGAAACGUACAAAAUCGAACUUAUUUUUUUAUUCAAAAAUUUCACUGUUUCAAGAACUAACAUUGAUUUUUUUUAAUUUCCGGGUGUUCAAUUUUGAUAUGUAGACAAUUAAUUUCAAAAUUCUGAAAAAAUCCAGCUACAGUGAAAAAACGAAGAAAAAAUAAAAAUUUUCACUGUUUCAAAAAUUCCCUAAUUUUCCUGCUAAACUCCCAGUUUUUAUUGAGUAGUCGUAAUAUGUCACAAUCUACAGUACUCUCUCAGAAAAGUACAGUUCUAAUCCAAUUCGAAAAAAUCAAAAACAAAAUAUACAGUAACCUAAAAAAAUCUGAAAAUUUUUUAUCUGCAAAAAAUUAUCUGUUUCAAAAAAUCCUAAUUUUUUCUGCAAAACCUCAGUUUUCAUUCAAUUUAUUAAAAUAAACCGAAAAAUCUACAGUACUCCCUUGUUGUUAGAAAAAUUAAAAUUUUAAUCCAAUUUACCAAAAAAAAACCUACAGUACUCUUCGGCAUAUUUCAUUUAUCUUUCUUUUUUUGACAAAUAUUUUGUCAAAAAAAAACCAGAUUAAAAACGAAGGCUUUAGGCUUAUUUCAUUUUGCCGCCGCCUUUUUUGAUUUACUCAUUUUUUGACAGGUUUUUUGAUGGUUUUAAAUAGGUCAGUUAGUAGAAUUGGAUAGUAGGUUAAGAUGAGGAAAAAUGAAGAGAGAAAUGGCAAAAAAAACGGGGAAAUAUGAGGGAAAAAUUGGAUUUUUUCGGGUUUUAAAUUUCUUGAAAAAUUACUUUCAAAUUUUCAAAAUACAAUUUCGCGAAAAAAAAAAACUUUUGGAAAAUUUUUUUAAAGGCUCAUAUGAAAUGAAAACAUAUUUCAUACAAGAAAAUAUUAAAAACUUUUGAAACAGUGAACUUUUUUUUUACAAUUUGUAACAUAUUUCUAGUUCUACCCUUUAUUAAAACCUAAUUUUCUUUCAAAAAAUUCCAGAAAAUUGUGAAACAGUGAAUUAUUUUUUGAAAUAUAAAAAUUUCGAAAUUUCUGCUGAAAACAGUAAUUUUGAGUAGACUAAUUGAAAUUCCGAAAAAAAAUCACUGUUUCAAAAAUUUCUAAUUAGAAAAAAUUAUUUUUCUCAAUUUGAUGCCUUUUUUUAAAACUUCUUUCUGAAACAAAAUUAAUUUUUUGAUCUAAAUAUUUCUCACUGUUUCAAAAUUAUAUUAAUUUUUUGAGAAUUUUAAUUUGUUGAAAACAAAUAGGAAUGUCAGAUAUUUGAAAAAAAACUAUAAAAAUAAUUUUUGAAAAAAAUGAAAGAAAAAAUAACGAGGAAUUUUGAGGCAUUUUCCUCUUUUUCCACAAGUUCUUGCUCUCGUCUCUUAUACAAAUAUACCCCAAACUUACCUGAUAUAUUUAAAGGGGGGGUAAGACGACAAAUUUUUUUUGUCGCAAAGUUAAAGGCUCCCCAAAAGUAGUAAAACCUCCAAGGGAUUUUUUCUGGAAACGUCCAGAAAAAAUGUUCCAUAAACUAGGUACCACGUAUAGCUAUACGUUGAAAUUAUUCCAUAAACUUUUGGACAACGUAUAGCUAUACGUUGAAAAAAGUUCAUGGAAUAUUUUUUUCGGACCUUUUUAGGCCUUUCGAGAAAAAAAUCCCCUGGGGCUUUUACUAUUCAAAGGGAGCCCGAUUCAUUGAGCAAAUAAAAUUUUGUCGUCUUACCCCCCCUUUAACACAAAUCAUUGUGAUUUCUCUCCCAAAACCCAAAACCCAUUAAACUAACCUGACAUGAGUUGUAUAAGAACCAAAUAUCCUCAAAUUCAUUUUGUUUUGUUUUUUUUCGAAUCAAUCCUCAAUCUCUCGACAUCUGGAAAGCAAAAUAAAUUUAAGAUUGGCCAAAUACAAAAUAAAAUAAAAUAUUUCGAGAAAUGAGAAAAUAUUUAUUCUUAAAAUAAAAACGUGAACACUUUUAAUUUCGACAAAACAAAAAAGUCAUUUCAAAAAAAAGCUCCCAAAAAAAGGGAAAAAAUAAAAGUAAAACAACGAUACUCUUGGCUUGCCCGUUGUUUAAUUUUCACACACUGUUUGAGCGAAGUGUCGUUGUUUUAUUUUUACAAGAUUGCGCGUAGGAUUUGGUGUUUGCGGGCAGUCGGUGUUGACACACACUCUUAUUUUUUUUUUCGGGCGUAUUUUUUUCUUUGAAGGUUGCGAUCAUCUAAAAGUUUUAAUUUUUUUAAAAAUAUAAUUCCCGAAAAAAAAACACUUUAAAAAACUUCACUGUUUCAAUAAUUUCUGAAAUGAAAAAAAAUCGUUCAACUGUUGGUUCUUUUCAAAAAUUCUAUUGAAAAAAUAAAUAGAUAUAAAUUUGUUGAGACUCAAAUUCCCUCACCAAUUUUGGCACCAAAAUUUUCCCACCCAAUCCCAACCAAAAAAAUUUCCAGAACCGCGAGCAACAACGCCUCCAAAACGGUGGCUACACUUCAGACGACGACGAGAUUCCCCUCAAAAUGUCGCGUAAACUAGACUCUAGUCCCCCACCACUCCCUCUUUUCCCGCCACAACUUCCAUUUAUGAAUUUCAGUCUGUUAGGAGGUAUCUCUCCGGAAUAUCCGCAUUUCAAAAAUGCUCCUCAGCCACACCCUUUCAUGUUUAAUCCAUUGUCCCUUCUUUUAAUGCCCCAUUUAUUGGCGGCAACUCCACCUGCAAAAACUCCACCGUCACCUGAAAGUAGCGGAAGUGCCGUUUCUUCUUCCGCCGGUUUUACGAUUGAAUCGAUUUUGAGCUCAUAG